GUUCAAUCUAUAUCAACAUGAAUUCACAAAACACGCUCAGGGUAACUGAGCAUCUCGCAUUACAAUACGAGCUUUAAGUUCUAUCAAAGCAAGAAGAGUGCUCAAUCAUCUUUUCACCUUUGAGAGAAAUAAUCCAUGGCAGUGCUUCUCUUUUUAUGUCGAAACUACUCGUGAUAAUUAUCUGCCUGGAUGGGAAACGUACUAAUUGGAGUGUGAUAUAUUUAGCAAAGCAGUUUACAGUUAGUUCCUUAAUGGCGCGCAUGAGCACUGCCAGCCUCCGGAGGGUUUAUAUGUAGCACGUUCCACGUUUGAAACAUUGAUUACGAGCCGAGCAUACGGAGUGGACGGAUCAGCUGUCAAAGUACUCCAGAACGUAUCAAAUUGUUGAAAACAGUCGGCAGUACUUCGCGAUUCAAAGUGCAUUGAAGCUGUGAGAUUAUACUGAUAAGUGACAAUUUAUAAGAAGAGAGAAAUGUUUACUGGUAGUGGUGCCAGUUUCAUAAGUAAGCCACUAAGAGGAUGGUUACAUCCCGAUCAUUUGCUGACCAAGGAAGGAGUAACAUAUGCUGUUAGAUACAUUGGAUGCCUAGAGGUCUACACUUCUAUGAAAAGUUUGGAUUUUGAAACAAGGUCCUCGGUAGCCAAAGAAUGCAUUAAUAGGGUAUGUGAAGCCGCAGGAUUAAAAACUGCAGACAAAAAGAGGAGGGUGGACAGAAAAGUUUUAAGGUCAAUAUCGGAUAAGCCGUGCAUGGAACACGCGGGCACUAAUAUAAAUCUGACCAUUAGUAGCUGCAGUUUAACGUUAACAGCUCUGGAAGGCGGAAAAGUAAUAGCAAAACAUGACAUGCCCCGUAUAUCAUUUGCUUCUGGUGGAGACACUGAAACGCUAGACUUUGUGGCUUACGUCGCAAAGGAUGUGCAUGAAUGGCGUGCUUGCUACGUUCUAGAGUGUGGUGGUGGCUUAGCGCAGGAUGUAAUCUCUACCGUUGGCCAGGCAUUUGAACUAAGAUUCAAGGAAUUCCUUACAAAACCUCCCAUUUAUCACCCCUCAUUAAAUGGUAUGCGAGAUGCCGAUAGGGAUUAUUACAAUGAUCUGCCUGGUAAAGUACCUCCUGAUAUCGGGCCGCCGCCCGUACCUCCCUUGCCAAUAACCGCUUCUACGUUGCCAUCCCUCAAACAUCACUAUUUGAAUCAAAAUCAGGUUCCCGGAACUAGCGUUCAGACCACGUCGCUUCCUGAUCCACAACCCGUUAUCGGAGAUAGGCAGGCCGUGCAUUGUCCAGAGAUUGGAAAUUUGAUUGAUUUAAAUUCUGAUGAUACCGCGCCCAAUUUUAAUCCAAUGGCUGAACACAAUUAUGUGAAUGACACUGUGAUUGCGGCGACACGCGAAAAUCGCCGGGAGCCAAUGUCAUUUUUUGAUGCGUUCGACAUGCAGCCGUUUAACGAAACGAUGCCGGAAUUCAAUAAUUUAAGCCUAAGAUCUCAAAGGUACCAGCUGAAACAGGAAGUCUGGUUCCACGGAUGCGUUAGCCGUUUCGAAGCGGAGUCUAUGCUUACAAGGGAUGGAGAUUUUUUGGUAAGGGAAUCCCAAGGUUCACCAGGACAGUAUGUACUGACUGGAAUGAACAGUGGAACUCCAAAGCAUUUGCUAUUGAUCGACCCAGAAGGCAUCGUCCGCACAAAGGACCGCGUUUUCGAUAACGUAAGCCAUUUAGUGAAUCAUCACUGUGACAACGCUUUGCCAAUCAUAUCAGCCGACAGUGCUCUAGUACUUCGAUAUCCGGUUCCGCGACGUUUUGAGCCCACGAACGAUUCAAGGAAAUGAUACUACUGGAUGCACGGUGGGCUGACAGGCAAAUGGCUGAAAUAAUAUCGAAUCGACGAAAACGCUUGUCACUAUGGCGGACGGAAUAAUAAGGUAACAUGAGAUGUAUAACAAUAUUUUGAAAAAUUGUAACUUUCCAUAGAAAUAUUCUUGUAAUGUUUAUGGUCCGUAAUUAAUCAAUACGGCCAGAAAGAGAAAUUUAUUGAUAAUGUUUAAACGCAAAUUACAUAAUUGAACCUCGGUUGCGAUUAUUAAAUUUCAGUGAAUUCCAUCGAUUGACUUCGACUGAUAAUAAAAAUCAAUCGAUUUCAAGCUUUGGACAACAAUAGGCGCCUGAAAUUUAAUGUCACAACUGUGGUUCAAUUACAGAAUAUACUCUAUAUAUUAAUAGCCCUUUAUUCGUCUUAUCGUAUUCUCUGUCUUGCUGUGUAUAUGUGAUAACAGUAAAUGAAUCAACGUACGAUUAUAUAUACAUAUAUGUCUAAAUGGCACGCAUAUAAAAGCGAUAUAUUUCCGUAAAAUAUGUGAAAAUUGUCAUCGUUAUAAUCAACGUAUAAUAGAAUUAAGAAACUGAAGGAAAUAAUUGUGGAAUAGGAUUAGCGAUGGCUGUCAUUAGUGUCAUAGCACAUACAUGUAGUAAUUACAUUUUAAAAAAAGUAAAGAUGUUGCGAGGGGUUACGAUUGCGCCCUCAAUUUUUGAAAAAUGAGCCAACAGCAAGAAACUACUUUCGAGUAGUUUAUUGAAGAAUGAUAAUAGCGCUAAUGUGCCAAUAUCAGUAUACAAAGCGAGAAAUCACCUCAAUGGGGAAAACCCAUAUGAAUUUUGGUCAAUAUUCACAGCAUAUCUAUCGCCACGUUUUAUCGUGGAGACUCACUGUUAUUUCUACAGUGACGCCUUGUAUUUCUGAUGGCCUCCAUUUACGGGUAGAAGGAAAACGACCGGACGUGCGCAAAGACAAAUCGUUCGGUCGAGGCUAUAUUGAUUUAUGCAAUCAACUAUUUUGGGAAUGUUUGAAAAUAUAUUUUUAUGAUUAAGGUAGAUGUGAUGAGACGCCAAUGCAGAUCAUUAAUAUAUUACGAUAAACAAAUAACAUUGUAACUGUUGUGUAUACAAAAAGAAAAAAAGAAUGGGAUUUUUCUGUGUCGGAGACGGGAAGACUGAGUUUUAAGCGGUACUAAGAUAGAGAAAGACAGGGAGACGCGUGCGUAUCAUGAAAAAAAAAAGAAAAAGACGAAACGAUGACAAAGAAAAAGGGAUAGGAGAAAAAGCAGAGAUUUGAAAGUGCGACAAAAAACUUACGGCUAUUACGACGCAGGGGUAUUCCGCCAUGCACAGUCGUUCGCUGUCAUUAAUAUCAGAUAGUAGACAGAUUGACUGUAAAAUUGUCGUGCUUCUUUCUGGUUUUUCUCUUUCCUUUUUGAAAAAGGGCAUACAGAAGUCCCCUGUUCUUCCAUAUACGUAACAGGGGCUCAGGGAUACGCAUGAGUGUGUAGGGAAAUAAUGUAGCUGAUUAUCAGGGAAGUAACGUGAGGAAUUUAACGUAAAAAUGAAAAAAAAAAUAAAUUAUAUAUAUAUAUAUUUUGAAAAAGUAAAUGUUACAUGGAAGUAUAACGUCGAUUCCUUUAAAAAAGAGAUGUUCGUCGGUGUUUUGCUGGAAAAAUAAAACUAAUGUUCUACAAUAUAUAUAAUAUUAACGUCCAGAAUAACAUACAGUGAGGUUCUAAUACACAUCAUGAUACAAUAUAUGGAAAAUUUAAUUGGCCAAUUAAAUGACAAUGCUGUUUCGUGUAUUACAAUGAAUUAUAUCAUAUAAUUAUACAUUGAUCAAUGAACGUUUAUAAACGUCUACUAAUCGUAUUGCUGGUAUUGCUGGAAUUUCUGGCGCACGACAAUUCGUUGCGUAGCGCCAGUUUGUAACUUUUAAGUAAAUGUUUCAUUUAUGUAAUCGAUCCACAUAGAUGCUUCAUCCAACUUAAAUGUAACCCGAACAGAAAGAGUAACAAGUCAGCGAAGGAGUUCAAGAAAGAGUAUUACUGUAUAUGGCAACCUGUAAUAAAUAGAACCCCGCAAUAGA